AUGCCGACAGGCUCCAUCGUGAUGCCUGGGAACCGGGUCCAUCAGCGCUGGCAUCGCUUUGACCUCCUGUGCUAUGCCAGCCUGAAAUGCUCAUCUGUUCUCAGGCUCUGCGGUCCUCCCUGCCCCCGCCUCCCCCUGGGCUUUGCUGCAAGUCCUGGCAAGACGAGCCCAGGAAGUCCCAGAAAAAUGAGGAGAAAAUGGCUGGGGACCAAAGACUUACGCAGAGGGGACGGAGAUGCAAAAUACAAAACUUUUCUUGCGGAGAAAGCUCCGGGCUUUCUGCUGGUGAACCAUCACCGUGGCAAGCGUGCGGGCUCUGCAGCAGUGGCAGGAGAAGGAGGAGGUGGUGCCCACCAAGUUGUUUUCUGGAGCUGUGAGUGCAGAGCUCUUGGCCCAGACUUCAGCGAGAAGUGCAACAAAAGAAAGCCCAGUUAUUUUCCUGAAAUUUUUGUAACAAUUCAGGUCCAACGCUGUUUUUCUGCUGAAAUAAGUGUGACGGGGUUUUUUGCAGCUACCAGCAAUCAGUGCUCCUCUCGGCAGGGAGGGGUGUUCAUCAACAGUGGCACGUGUCCUUGCGCCAAGAUAAACACCACAUCAGAUGGUGAAGAUGUCUUUGCACGCAGAAGGGGCAGCUGCAUGGUCGUCAGGAAAUGUUUGGGCAUCUCUGAGGACAGUUGUUUUUGUGGUACAAGUGAUGACUUGUCUCUAGGCUCGUCCGUGAUAAUUGGGAGCGGGGAGGAGCGGAGCCAGGCGAAGGGCAGCCUGGCCCUGUGUGCCCAUCACUUCAUCGCGGCGACGGCGUGCCAGGAGGCGGACUACGGCUGGAUGAUCCGGCACUACUGCCUGAAGCAGUUCCAGCUCAGCAUGGAGGGCAUUGGCCAACGGCUCUGGUGUGACUGGGACGAGACCAUGGGGUAA